AUGAUUCGCCGGCCGAUCUACGACUCAUCCGCCGUUUCUCGUCACUUGAAUCUGCCAUUAUCGUCAUUCUCGAAUUUUCUGUUCUCUACUUCAUCACGUUCAUAUGAAGACGAAACCCAAGAACCGGUGGUAUCGAAUCGGAAUCCUAAAUCCUCAAUUGGGUCUCCGACUCGGGUUCAAAAGCUUAUAGCUUCGCAAUCGGAUCCUCUCCUCGCCAAAGAGAUAUUCGAUUACGCCUCUCAGCAACCCAAUUUCCGCCAUUCUCAAUCUUCUCAUUUCGUCCUCAUUCUCAAACUCGGCCGUUCAAGAUACUUCAAUCUCAUCGACGACGUUCUCGCCAAGCAUAGAGCUAGUGGAUAUCUGGUAACCGGAGAGCUUUUCACAUAUCUGAUUAAAAUCUACGCAGAAGCAAAGUUACCGGAUAAAGCGUUUACGACGUUUUAUAAAAUGCUGGAGUUCAAUUUCACGCCACAGCCAAAACAUCUGAAUCGAAUCCUAGAGGUUCUCGUCAGCCAUAGAGGUUACCUUCAGAGAGCUUUCGAGCUUUUUAAGAGCGCACGGCUUCACGGAGUGAUGGCUAACACGAGAACCUACAACAUAUUGAUGCAAGCCUUUUGUCUGAAUGAUGACUUGAGUAUUGCAUACCAACUAUUUGGUAAAAUGCUUGAGAGAGAUGUUGUUCCGGAUGUUGAGUCUUAUAGGAUUCUGAUUCAAGGGUUUUGCAGGAAAGGACAAGCGAAUGGUGCUAUGGAAUUACUUGAAGAUAUGCUGAAUAAAGGGUUCGUGCCCGAUAGGUUGAGUUACACUACGUUGUUGAACAGUUUGUGUAGGAAGACACAGCUUAGAGAGGCUUACAAGCUUCUAUGUAGGAUGAAGUUAAAAGGUUGUAAUCCUGAUAUUGUUCAUUACAACACGAUAAUUCUCGGGUUUUGUAGAGAAGGUCGUGCCAUGGAUGCCAGGAAGGUUCUUGAUGAUAUGGUAGUUAAUGGUUGCUCACCCGAUUUGGUCUCGUAUAGGACACUGAUCGGAGGAUUGUGUGACCAAGGGAUGUUUGAUGAAGGGAAAAAGUAUCUACAAGAGAUGAUAUCGAAAGGGUUUUCUCCUCAUUUUUCAGUCUCUAAUUGUUUGGUGAAAGGGUUUUGCAGCUUCGGCAAAGUCAAAGAUGCAUGUGAUGUAAUUGAACUUGUGAUGAAGAAUAAGGAAGCAUUGCAUUUAGACACUUGGGAGAUGAUAAUUCCUAUAAUCUGUAAAGAAGACGAGUCGGAGAAGAUCAGAAUGUUUCUUGAAGAUGCUAUGAAGGUAGAGAUAAGCGGUGAUACUAGACUCGUUGAUGCGGGUUUCGGCUUAGGAUCUUAUCUUUCUAGUAAGCUACAGAUGAAACGUAAAAAUGCUAGAGAAAGGAGGCGUUUAUAGGUUGCUGUUCCUGAGGAACUGUAGAGAAAGCUCGAUCAAUCUGUUAUAUAUAACUCAAGAAUCAAUACAAACCAAUGCCUU